AUGAACAACAGUAGUGGGGCUGUUGAGGGCAACCAAGGAUCUGUGACAACAUGUCCUCAUUGGGAUAAUUCUUCUGUACUCCAAUGGAUCAAGACUAUUGUGUACCUGUUCAUUGUAUUUUUGGCCCUUUUUGGAAAUACCUCGGUGAUAUGGAUAAUAUUCAGGCAUCGGCGAAUGCGAACAGCAACCAACUAUCUCAUUGCAAAUAUGGCGGUUGGGGAUCUGUUGAUGGCUAUUAUAACCAUGAUACCUAAUGCAGUGAACAUUCUACGUGGGAAUCACGACUGGGUCAACGACUCGCUCUUUGGACAAGUAUCCUGCAAAUUGUUUAUGUUCACCCAAGCUUCUUCAAUGGCCUGCUCCAUAUUCACUCUAACAGCACUGGCACUUGAGCGCUUCUUUGCAGUUGUUUUCCCAAUCUGGAAAGUAGUUAAUAUCAAGCGAACAAGAUGGCUGAUUGGCGUCAUUUGGAUGGGAUCAAUCGCCUCAGCAUCGCCGUUGUUGUAUGCAGCCAAAGUGGAAAUCUAUGAUGGAGCUCCCUACUGCCUCGAGGACUGGGCUCCCGCUUUCGACGCAAGACGAUCGCAGUCGAUCUUUACCAUUGUGUCAUUUGUACUCCUUUACGCCCUGCCUCUACUUUUGAUUUCUAUAUUGUACUCAAUCAUCAUUGCCAAGGUAUGGGGUAGGAAUAUACCUGGUAAUGCUACUCCGGCCAACCAGCGGCUUUUGAACAGGUCAAAAAGAAAUGUACUGAAGAUGUUGAUUACAGUGGUUCUGGCGUUUGCGCUGUGCUGGUUUUUGAUGCACCUUAAUGUGAUUUUGAUGGACUUCACAGAAGUUUUCUCGCCUUGUGGUAUCUCCAUAGGACUACAAACCACGGGUUUUCUCUUCGGCCAUGCAAACAGUGCCAUCAACUGCUGUAUCUAUUUGAUAUUCAGCCAGGAUUUCCGAAGAGGAAUAAAGGAUAUUCUCAAGCCCCUUUUACCGAACCGCACAGCGACAUUACUUGUUGAUAACACUCGAGCUGGUUCUUCUUUGGAAGCAACAAUUGAACUCAAAACCAGUAACAGGCAGGGUAGACCGCAAGCGAGAUCAUUUAAAAUCAUACAAGUUUAGACAAGCCUUGAUUUUGAGGUGUUACUCGCGAUUUUUUCACUCGUCACGGAGAAUCGCCUAUCAAUGUAAUGAAGCUACGAAAAAGCUGAUGAAAAGAUCAUAAGCCAUAAGGUAGCCAUUUUGAGAAGAGGAAAGAUGGAUGCGCUGUAACGUAGCUAUUGUGAAAAAGUUUUAGAUAAGAUGGCUCCAGAGAAGUUCUUUGUACUUAUCAAUCCUUUUAACCCCUA